AUGAGAGGCGGUGGACUUACUGUUGCCCUUGUCGGCGGCGUCACUGCGCUAUCGCAUGGCGUGGGAGCCGCAUAUGUCUGGCCUUCCAAGUAUGACGAGAUUGAAGAUAUUCUCUCGUUGCAGACGGGAUACCGCAGCAGGGGCUUCGUCGAAGGUGUGACCCCUUGCUCCUUUGGCGGCAACAUCGCCGGCCGCCAGUUCGCCGCGGAGUGGAUCCGCACCGCCUUCCACGACGUUGCUACCACCGACGCCGCCGCGGGAACGGGCGGCCUGGACGGCUCCAUCUGGUUCGAAGUCGGCCGUGCCGAGAACGGCGGCGCGGCGUUCAACAACACGUUCAACUUCUUCAGCAACCUCUACUCCAUCAGGGCAUCCGCGGCGGACCUGCUAGCCAUGAGCGUCGUCGUCGCCAAUGCGGGCUGCGGCGGCGCGAGGAUGCCCUUCCGCGCCGGCCGGGUCGAUGCCGUCGCAGCCGGCCCCGCAGGCGUACCGGAGCCGCAGACGCCGCUCAACACGACAAUGGCCACGUUUGCGAAAGCCGGGUUCAGCCAGGGCGAGAUGAUUUCGCUUGUGGCGUGCGGGCAUACCCUCGGCGGCGUGCACAGCAGGAACAAUCCGCACAUCACGGGUCUCGACCCGAGCCCGGACACAGUGACCAAGUUUGACAGCACGUUUGACGACUUUGACAACAAGAUUGCGACCGAGUAUGUCAGGGGUAACACGACGAACCCCUUGGUCGUCGGGCGGAACGAGACACUCAACUCGGACAAGCACAUCUUCUCGUCGGACGGGAACAAGACGAUCAAAGACCUGGGGUGUACCAAGAACGGCUUCAAGACGGCGUGCGCCGAAGUCUUUACGCGAAUGAUCGACACCGUGCCCUCGACGGUGCAGUUGACGGAGCCUGUGGAGCCAGUCGACAUCAAGCCCUAUGUUACGCUGGCCCUGAGCGGCAACGGGAGCCUUGCGUUUAGCGGCUGGGUGCGCGUCAGGACGACGGAGGAGACGGGGCGGGACACGGGCGAUUUGGCCGUCCAUCUCAGCUUUGCAGACCGGGGCGGCGAGGGUUCCGUCGUUGUUCCGGCGACGCUCGACGAAGGGGGCGUGACCUAUGGCCUCUGGGGGGAGAUUUUUGCCUGGUACCAUUUUGAGACGACCAUCAGCGCAGCGAGCGGCAUCAGCAGAUUCCUCGUUCACCUAACGACGCCCUCGAGCAAUGCUACAUCCGUGUACAACAAUGACGGCAGCGGUUUUCCCCUGGACGAUGUGAUUCUCUAUCAAGAUACCUCAUCGUGCGUCAACCGGACGAGCGUGGACAACGAGCGCACCUUUACCGUCACGGCCGCGGUCCUCAAGGCGCGGGCGGCGGAUCCCGUAACGAUGGAAGUCGUGCGUCUCGUGCGGCGUCAGGAGGCGAUUCAUAGGAAGCUCAAGGUCGAGAGCGUCGAGCUCGCGGCGACGGGCGAGGAGGAUAGCGGAUAUAUGCUCUUCCAGGCGCAGGUGCAGCUUGCGACGAGCGGUUGGAGCACGAGCUUCGACCUUGUUUUGGGAGGGGAGAAGGAAGUCAGAGUCGGCUUCUUGAAGACGCAAGCUUGCCCGCGUGGAUGA